AGGAAAUAUUCCCCAUUCCGACGCUGGGUGGGGGUGUUGGCCGCGGACCGGCGCGUCCCUCGGUCCGCCCCGGCUUUGCAGGCACAGGGAGACAAAAAAAACCGUGGGAGCUGCUCGGGAAGGAGUCGGAGUGCUCGGGAGCUUCCAGAUUCCCUCACCCCAUGAUUGCUGGUAAACACCGCUCCGCUCCGGACGCUAUUUAAAAAUGCUGGGAGCCGCGGAGGACGGCGGGUGCCUUUUUCGGAGACUGAUGGCGUGUGGGAGACGGAGCGGAGACAGCAAGAGGCAAGUGAUCCUGUUUAUUCUGUGCUUUUGCGUGUGUCAGAGCGGGGCUGAAACCCUCCGCUACUCUCUGCCGGAGGAAAUGGAGAGGGACUCCUUUGUCGCCAAUAUUGCAAAGGACCUGGGGGUUCCUGUGAGCCAGCUCGCGGCUCGCAAGGCCCGCGUUGUGUCUGAGGGGAGCGAGCAGCUUUUCCGUCUCGAUCAAAACACCGGAGUCCUGACGGCAAAGGAGUCGCUGGACCGAGAGGAGAUCUGUCCGCAGAGAGAUACCUGCACGCUCGUCUUUAAGAUAUUCUUUGAAAAUCCGCUGCAGCUGAUCCGAGGGGAGGUGGAGAUUCGUGACGUAAACGACAACUCCCCCGUGUUCCCAGAGAAGGAGAUGGUUUUAAAGAUUCUAGAAACAGCAUCUCCCGGGUCCCGUUUCCCCCUGGAAAGCGCCCAGGACAAGGACGUGGGCAGUAACGGCUUGCAGAACUACAGCCUCGGGUCCAAUCCUCAUUUCUCCCUCGCUAUCGGAACAGGGAAAGACGGAGUAAAAUAUGUGGAGCUCGUCCUACAGCGCCAGCUCGACCGUGAAGAGCAGGGGGAGCUGAAUUUACUUCUCACCGCCAUCGACGGGGGCUCGCCACCCAGGUCGGGCACGGCUCUGGUCCGGAUCGUGGUGCUGGAUGCCAAUGACAAUAUCCCGAUCUUCGAAAGGGAGGUCUACGAGGUGCGCCUGGCUGAGAACAGCCCCUCGGAGCAACUGGUGGUCAGAGUUAUGGCCACGGAUCCCGACGAAGGGUCCAACGGGAAACUGCAGUACGCCUUCACCCAGACAUCGGAGCGAUCCCGGGAGCUGUUCCAGCUGAACCCGGCCACCGGGGAGAUACGAAUCGCGGGCAACCCGGAUUUCGAGGAAGCGAAAACCCACAAGAUGGUGGUAAAAGCCACUGACGGCGGGGGGCUGUCUGCGCAUUGCAAAGUGCAGGUAGAAGUCCUGGACGUGAAUGACAAUGCCCCGGAGAUAGCGCUGACCUCCCUCACCGCCUCCAUUCCCGAGGACGCCCCGCCACGCACCGUGGUGGCUCUGUUCAGUGUGCGGGACCGGGAUUCCGGGGACAACGGCAGGACAGAGUGUUCGAUCGACGGGGACUUGCCAUUCAGCCUCACCCCCACUUUUGAUAAUUAUUACGAACUGAGAACAAACGCGGCGCUGGACAGGGAGAGCACGGCGCAGUAUAACAUCACCAUCACAGCCACGGACUGGGGCAGGACGCGGCUGAGCUCUCGGGAGAGCAUCUUCGUGCAGAUAUCGGAUGUGAACGACAAUCCCCCAGAGUUCACCCAGGAGAUUUACACCAUGUCUGUCACGGAGAACAACAGCCCCAUGCUCCGGAUCGGCAGCAUGAACGCCACGGACGCCGACGCAGGAAAAAACGCCCGCAUAAACUACUCGCUGGUGCGGCAGGAGGGCAAGGAGCAGCCCGAGGUGUCAGUCAACGCUGAAAACGGGGAUGUUUAUAUCCUCCGCCCGCUGGACUAUGAGAAGGUGCGUGCCUUUGAGGUGUCGGUGCUCGCCAGUGACAGCGGUUCGCCGCCGCUCAGCGCCCAGGCGCUGCUACGCGUCGUGGUGCAGGACCAGAACGAUAACGCGCCCCUGGUGCUGCACCCGUCCCCCGACAGCAGCGCGGCGGGAGAGCUGGUGCCGCGCUGGGCGCCUUCGGGCUACCUGGUGGCCAAGGUGGUGGCGGUGGACGCGGACGCGGGGCAGAACGCGUGGCUGUCGUACGAGCUGGCCAAGGCGACGGAGCCGGGGCUGUUCCGCGUGGGGCUGCACAGCGGCGAGGUGCGCACGGCGCGGGCCGUGUCGGAGAGGGACGCGCCCCGGCAGAGACUCGUUGUGCUGGUGCGGGACCGCGGGCACCCGCAGCGCUCCGCCACCGCCACGCUCCCCGUCGCGCUGGUGGACGGCUUCUCCGAAGCGCAUUUGCGGGUGAGCGAGGAGGCACCGGCCGCUGAUCCCGACGAGCCGCUCACCCUCUACCUCAUCGCCUCCCUGGCCUGCGUGUCGGUGCUGUUCCUCGCCACCGCGCUGGCCGCCGUGGUAGUGAAGGUGCGGCGGGCCAGGCGGAGCGAGACGGAGACCUUGCCCACGUUCCCGACGAUAGCCACGGAGAGCAGUGCGGGCUCCCUGCCCCGCAGCUACCUGUACGAUGUCUGCUUCGCCGCCGGGACCGUCAACAGCGAGUUUCGGUUCCUCAGACCCCUCUUCCCCUGCUUCCCCGCCGGGCUGCCUCCCGGCCCGGGCGAACAGCGGAGCUCAGUGUGCUCGCAAGAUGUGGCCAACCUCGGGGAGGAAGGCGACUGGGCUGCACAGGGCAGAGCCCCCCUCUCUGAAGACACAGGACCCGGAGCUGCAGAAGCAGCUUGCACUGCAAACGGGGGGCUGGGGUUAAAUGUCACUUCUGAUCAAAACCCCUGGCUCAGCCAUCAGUAAAUGAAGAGAGACAAGUACGUCUGUCCUCCCAGGGAAAAGACAACAAAGACACCAAACACCUCCCUGAAAGGUACCAGGGAGAUGAAGGCUUCUCUGUGAGAGAGCAGAAACGCUCUCCUCUUGACCAGUAUUUUAUUUACAUAGGUAUUUUGUAAUUGUGAUGUCAACGGAGGAGGACUGUGUUGCAUGCUAAUUACACAAUAAUGUAUGAUUGUGAAAGUGCUACUGCUUCUACAUGUUAAGGGAAAUACUGAAAACUGCAGCAGAUCUUCAACUUUUUCCUAUGCCACCUUUUCUAUGGGAUUUUUUUGUGGGUUUUGUUUGUUUUUAUGGAGAGAGCUCUGUAAUAAUGUCUUAUUUUUUUCCCCUCUGUUCAAUACUAGACCAAACAAAUAUUAAGCAAAACUGAGUGGUGCUUGCAAAGGAAAUUCUUAAUAACAGGCAGAAGCUGUUUACAUUAGAAACCACUGGCAUUGGCACACUUGGAAGGAGUUUACAGGCUCUCCUUACUGUAAAGAGUGGGCUUUGAGCAAUGUGCUUUUUGUUUUGUUUUGUUGGGGAGGGUGUUGCUUGUUUGUUUGUUUUAAUAAGGUAAAACUGAAAUUAAUAUUUAAGGGUUUUUUAGUGUAAACUAGUAGACAAUUAAAAGUACUGCUUGUGGUUUUAAAGUAAAACACUCUGAACUGUUUACAACUAACUUAGGGCACUGUAGAACAUAGGCCUUCAAGAAGCUUUCUGUUUUCUUUUUCUUCGUUAAUAGGUAUUGAUCUAUAAAGUAAUGUGACAUUUCCUGUCGCUAACACAUUUUUAAGAGUUAGAUGCCUGCUGACAGAAAACAAUAAAACCUAUUUGAA